AUGAGUUUUAAAAACGCGUGCUUUUUAUUUUUUAUUUUUGAAAAUCUUCCGACAUUUUUUCAUCCAGUUAUAUUCCUUCCGGCCUUUUGCUUAAUAUCUCACUUUGGCUACACAACUUUGUUCAAUUCAAGCUGCUGCCUGUCUUCUAUUUUGCGCCUUACGCAGUCGAAGACAACAUUUAUUUGA